CUUCUGGUUCAGACGUUGAGCAGCUCUAUGCCUCUAUGGCUCUAUCUCAUGGCGAUGGCGACCUCGUCGGCGCCGCGGCUCCCGAAGCCCGCACUCCGAGCUGCGUCCUCUUCUUCUCUCCACACCCCGAAUCCAAGGUCCAGGCGACAGCGAGCCACCUCCGAACAGCACGACCAACACGUCGACAGCAAGUGGCGGAGGCAGCCGAGGGCCCCGCCUCGGCGCGGCGAGGGACCCAAGAGGCGCCUGCGCAGCCUCAUCCAGCGCGAGGAGAUCGACGACGCGCUCGCGCUCGUCGAUUCCAUUGCCUCCGGCGGCGGCAGCGGGAAGUGCCUGCCCCUGCCCGUCGUCCCCUGCAACAUCCUCAUCAAGCGGCUGUGCUCGGGCGGCCGCGUCGCCGACGCGGAGCGCGUGUUCGCGACGCUCGGCGCCUCCGCCACCGUCGUCACCUACAACACCAUGGUCAACGGGUACUGCCGCGCCGGCCGGAUCGAGGACGCGCGCCGCCUCAUCAGCGGCAUGCCGUUCCCGCCGGACACGUUCACCUUCAACCCGCUCAUCCGCGCGCUCUGCGUCCGCGGGCGCGUCCCUGACGCCCUCGCGGUGUUCGACGACAUGCUCCACCGGGGGUGCUCCCCUAGCGUCGUCACCUACAGCAUCCUCCUGGACGCCACCUGCAAGGCGAGCGGCUACAGGCAGGCCAUGGUGCUCCUCGACGAGAUGCGCGCCAAGGGCUGCGAGCCGGACAUCGUCACGUACAAUGUCCUCAUCAAUGCCAUGUGCAACGAGGGCGAUGUUGAUGAAGCUCUGAAUAUCUUGAGCGACUUGCCGUCCCAUGGAUGCAAACCUGAUGCUGUCACCUACACACCUGUGUUGAAGAGUUUGUGUGGCUCUGAACGGUGGAAGGAGGUUGAGGAGCUCUUCGCUGAGAUGGCCAGCAACAAAUGUGCUCCAGAUGAAGUGACAUUCAACACAAUAGUCACUUCUCUGUGUCAGCAAGGCUUAGUUGAUCGUGCAAUUAAAGUUGUUGAUCAUAUGUCAGAGCACGGAUGCAUCCCUGAUAUUGUCACAUACAGCAGUAUUCUUGAUGGUUUGUGUGACGUAGGGCGUGUUGAUGAUGCGGUUGAAUUGUUAAGCAGACUGAAAUCCUACGGGUGCAAACCUGAUACAAUUGCCUAUACCACUGUUUUGAAGGGCCUGUGCAGCAUAGAACAAUGGGAGCAUGCUGAGGAGCUCAUGGCUGAGAUGGUCUGCAGCGAUUGUCCCCCCGAUGAAGUGACAUUCAACACAGUAAUUGCUUCUCUAUGUCAGAAAGGGUUGGUUGAUCGUGCAAUCAAAGUUGUUGAACAAAUGUCAGAGAAUGGUUGCAACCCUGAUAUUGUCACAUACAAUAGUAUUAUCGAUGGUUUGUGCAAUGAAAGGUGUAUUGAUGACGCCAUGGAAUUGUUGAGCAAUCUGCAGUCAUAUGGGUGCAAGCCUGAUAUAGUUACCUUUAACACUUUAUUGAAGGGUUUGUGUAGUGUUGACCGGUGGGAGGAUGCUGAGCAGCUCAUGGUUAAUAUGAUGCACAGUGAUUGUCCCCCUGAUGCAACGACAUUCAAUACAGUAAUCACUUCUUUAUGCCAGAAAGGAUUACUUCUUCAAGCAAUUGAAACUCUGAAGAUAAUGGCUGAGAAUGGUUGCAUUCCAAACCAAUCUACCUAUAACAUAGUAGUCGAUGCACUUCUGAAGGCUGGAAAGACUCAGGAAGCCCUUAAGCUGCUGAGUGGCAUGACAAAUGGUACUCCAGAUUUGAUUACUUAUAAUACAGUAAUUUCCAAUAUUACCAAGGCCGGGAAAAUGGAGGAAGCUCUUGAUUUGUUGCGUGUGAUGGUCUCUAACGGCCUUUCCCCAGAUACGAUUACAUACAGAUCUUUAGCAUAUGGUAUCUGUAGAGAAGAUGGAACUGACAGGGCAAUUAGAAUGCUCUGUAGACUGCAAGAUAUGGGCUUGUCACCUGACGCUACAUUCUAUAAUGAUAUUCUUCUUGGUUUUUGUCAAAAUUGGAGAACAGAUAUAGCCAUUGAUUGCUUUGCUCAUAUGGUCUCCAGUGGCUGCAUGCCUGAUGAAUCAACCUACAUUAUACUCCUUGAGGCUCUUGCUUAUGAGUGUCUUUUGGAUGAGGCAAAACAACUUCUAGUCAACCUGUGUUCUCUAGGCGUUCUAGAUAAGAGCUUGAUUGAGGAAGAAAGCCACUAUUCAUAGACUGAACAUGCAUGUUAACCGUGAUGUGAUUAAGUUGAUAGUGGGUUUGCUUACUGUAGUACAAAGCGCUGAAAUGACUGCUUUGGACCUUUAAAAAAAAGGGUUGCUUUGGAUCCUUUCAAGGCAGGAGGGAUUGUGCAUACGUUGUAUAGCUUAGGUUCAAAAUUUCCAUGCACAAAGUUGUUAUCCAUCUUUCGCUGUUCACAGUACUACCAUUCAAUUCUCCCUUCCAACAAAUGUUCGAGUUUCGUCCAGAUUCAGUGGUAAUACGUGUAGUUGUAACAGUAUGCUAAUUGAACAGUUUCACCCUUUUCUUUUCCUCAAGUGCUUAUGUUCCAAUCUUUCCUUUUGCCUUAUCUGGGUGGUCUGGUCUAGCGGAAGUGUUAGGGAGCCAGACAACCUUUUGCUGCAGGAACGUUCAGAUAGAUUUUCGGUGGCAUGUGGUGAUGCUGUACAGGUGAAAGCCUGAUGAUAUUAGAAGCAUUACCUACUUGGUUACUGACAAAGUAGCAAGCGAUACAUGUCUUGCCUGAGCAGCGAAAUGAAUGAAAUUUUUGAGCUUGCCCA